CCCGGCGGGGGCGCGGCGGAAGGGGCGGCCCCGGUGCGUACGGACCGGGCUCUGCGGGCUCCGCGCUGCUCCGGGAGCCCGCCGGGGCUGCGAGGGGGUUCUGUGGGGAUCCGGGAGGGACGGAGCCGCUGCUGUGCUUCCCUGUGACAGCUUGUAGCAGCUGCAGCGGCUCAGCGCCGGACGUCCCGCAGGUGUAAAAGCGGUCGCAGGGGUCGGAGAUGGCGGCUGGGCGUCACAGCUCAGGCUGUAACCCCGCACAGGACAAGGUGACCCGAGCUCCUGUGCUGGCCGAGUAGGGCUCUGCAGAGACACUCCGCUCCCAAGUUCUCUGCGUUGCAAUCAAUGUGUUGCUCUCUUCCACGUGGCCUCUUACCAUUUUUCCAAGUUUCAAAAACAUUGAAAAGCUAGAGCCUUCAGAGUGCGAUGAAGAUUUCAGCAUCCCUAUUGCUGCUUGUAUUGAAGGUGGAACAGCCAUAAGCCUGUUUCAGAGAAAUGAAAAUCUACAAGGAGCCUUUAAGCACUAAGCUUUGGAGCUGGUUGGGUCAAGGGACGCUGACAGUCAGAAGAGCAGAACUGGUCACAGAGCGCUGGAUGGGGGUCUAUUUUCUGCUGUUAAUUGUAGGGCUUUGCUGGGGGCAGUACAACCCCAACACUCUCCCUAAGAGAACCUCUAUUGUGCAUCUCUUUGAAUGGCGCUGGCAGGACAUUGCUCUGGAGUGUGAACGCUACUUAGCUCCUAAUGGAUUUGGAGGAGUUCAGAUUUCACCUCCAAAUGAAAAUGUUAUCGUUACUGACCCCCAGCAACCAUGGUGGGAGAGAUACCAGCCUGUCAGCUACAAGCUGUGCUCAAGAUCUGGAAAUGAAACUGAGUUUAGAGACAUGGUGACCAGGUGCAACAAUGUUGGAGUGCACAUUUAUGUGGAUGCAGUAAUCAACCAUAUGUGUGGAGCUAAUGCUGGGGCUGGUGACCAUGCUGCUUGUGGAAGCUAUUUCAAUGCAAAGACUGAAGAUUUCCCUGCUGUGCCCUAUUCUGGCUGGGACUUUAAUGAUCGUAAAUGUAAAUCUAGAAGUGGAAACAUUGAGAAUUAUCAUGAUAUAUCUCAGGUGCGGGACUGCCGCCUGGUCAGCCUGCUGGACCUGGCCCUGGAGAAGGACUACGUGCGCUCCAGGGUUGCCGAGUACCUGAACCGCCUCAUCGAGCUCGGCGUGGCGGGGUUCCGCAUCGACGCCGCCAAGCACAUGUGGCCUGCGGAUGUCAGGGCCGUUUUAGACAGGCUGAAAGAUCUGAAUACUCAGUGGUUUCCUGCAGGAACUAAACCUUUCAUUUACCAGGAGGUAAUUGACUUGGGUGGAGAGCCCAUCAAAGGCAGCGACUACUUUGGAAACGGCCGAGUGACAGAAUUCAAGUACAGUGCCAAACUGGGGACAGUGAUCCGCAAGUGGGGCGGAGAAAAGAUGGCCUACUUAAAGAACUGGGGAGAAGGUUGGGGCUUUGUGCCUUCCGACAGAGCCCUGGUCUUUGUGGAUAAUCACGACAACCAGAGAGGACACGGGGCUGGUGGAGCUUCUGUUCUAACCUUCUGGGAUUCCAGGAUGUAUAAAAUGGCGUCAGGUUUCAUGCUUGCCCAUCCGUAUGGGUUCACACGUGUGAUGUCGAGUUUUCGCUGGCCAAGAUAUUUUGAAAAUGGAAAGGACAUCAAUGACUGGGUUGGACCCCCAAGUAACGCGGAUGGCUCCAUAAAGCCCGUUACCAUCAACGAGGACACGACCUGUGGCAACGACUGGGUUUGUGAGCAUCGCUGGCGGCAAAUCAAGAACAUGGUUAUCUUCCGUAACGUGGUGGACGGUGAGCCUUUCUCCAACUGGUGGGACAAUGGCAGCAAUCAGGUGGCUUUUGGCCGUGGUAAUAAAGGCUUCAUCAUCUUCAAUAAUGAUGACUGGCCCUUGAAUAUAUCUCUGCAGACUGGUCUGCCUGCUGGGACCUACUGCGAUGUCAUUUCUGGGCAGAAGGAAGGUGACCUCUGUACAGCAAUUCAAGUUCAGGUUGCUGCUGAUGGCAUGGCUAAUUUCCUGAUUGAGAAUGAAGAUGAAGACCCAUUCAUUGCCAUUCAUGUUGAUGCUAAAUUGUAACCAAAUGUGUUUCUUCUGUUGUUUUGUACAUUCUCUCUAUCUGGUGAAUGAAAAACAGCAUUCAGAUCAAGUUUAUCCCUUUUUGUGACUAACCAAACAUAGGGCCAGGGUCAGAAGAAGCUGGUCCAUGCCAGUUGUUCCAGCCUGUGGCAUCAUUCAAGCUUCUGUGUUACCUGGUUCACAGUCAGCUUGUGCCUGUACAGAUCAAAACCACGCAUUUUCCAUUGUUACCCCAAUACUGACUUGAUCUCCAUUGCUGGUGCCUAUAAUGCAUUCACCAUUAGGAUGGUGGGCACUCCCAGUUAUAGGAAAGGAAUAUGUGGGUUGAAACCAGCUACAGCCCAUUGGUACCUUCAGAAAACUUUUGUUAGUUUUUAACUUUGUAUAAUCCUUCAUGCUGAGCUGUGUGUACACUCAGCUCCAUGCUGGUCUGGCUGAACCAAGGAGCUUUCACAUCCUUUUAACUAAUACUCUCAGCUGAUGCACUCGAGUGGCACAGUUGUUUAUCUGAAAUAAAGGCCACCUAUGAACCCUU